AUGACACUAUCGACCAAAGCUGAACGACGUACUAUUAAAUCCUGGUUCAAUCUCUUGAGUACAGAUGAAUCCCUUGCAGUUAAUGUCACUGACGACUGGUUUCCACAUACACUAUCGAACGAAGCAACCAACAGGACAUGGACCAUGUAUGCAUUUUUGCUAGGGCAUGAUUCAGUACAACCAUUGGCAGACCAUGCUUCCUUCAAGCUGAAUGCUGAUGCCAAUAAUGCAGCGUACGUAAGUAUACAAGUAGUGCAAAUACCUCCAAAGUCCAUCGUUAUUAGCAAAGAGCAUUUCCCAGAGAAAUGGAAGAUAGCGCUGAUUAUUCUUGCUAUUGUCGUUGUGAUUAUAGCGCUUUGUAUCAUUAUUUGGCUCUAUAAGAACAUGCAGAAAGAGAAAAAGAAGGCAGCAAAAGCAAAAGCAGACGCAGAAGCAUCGCUACAACGCACUCCAAACAACAACAUGAACAGCAAGAUGCAGAGUUCUAUUUUAAGUACGCCAGAUGCAAUGAUGAUCGCUGAUACGUUUCGUCAAGUCAUGUCUACAUUUGAUAUUGAUAAACACAGAAAUCAGGUUGGAGAGGAUUUGCUGAAGCGUCAGCUCGAAUCAGAAGGAACAUCGGUCUCUGAAGUUGAACGAAGAACAUCUUCGACUAAACAAAAGCAGGCAAAAAAAUUGCUACUAGCAUCUCCUUUCUCUGAAUAA